AUGGCCAACAGAGGUGCAGCAACUCCACGAGCAGGUGGGGCCAACAAAACUUGUCAGUUCAAGCUGGUAUUGUUAGGAGAAAGUGCUGUAGGAAAAUCUUCUUUGGUCCUUCGUUUUGUUAAAGGUCAAUUCCACGAGUAUCAGGAGUCAACAAUCGGAGCUGCUUUCCUCACCCAAACGGUUUGCCUGGAUGAUGCUACUGUUAAAUUCGAGAUUUGGGACACUGCUGGUCAGGAACGUUACCAUUCACUUGCCCCCAUGUAUUAUAGAGGUGCUCAAGCUGCUAUCGUUGUUUAUGAUAUUACUAACCAGGAAUCUUUCCAAAAAGCUAAGAAUUGGGUGAAAGAACUACAACGACAAGCAUCGCCUAAUAUUGUUAUGGCUUUAGCUGGAAACAAAGCUGAUAUGGCGAACAAAAGAACUGUUGAUUAUGAAGAAGCUCAGGCUUAUGCUGAAGAUAAUGCUUUACUUUUUAUGGAGACUUCCGCUAAGACAUCUAUGAACGUUAAUGAUAUAUUCAUGGCAAUCGCCAAGAAAUUGCCUAUUGGACCUCCGCAAGGAGAACCAACUGGAACAGUCGAUAUGAACCAGCCUCAACAACAGACUAAGACUAACUGUUGCAAGUAA